AUAAUAAAAAAAAUUAUCACAAAAUUUACUAUAUAAUGUAAAGAACAAAUUAUGGUGAAUACGACUAUUUAUUUAAAUUACUAUUGAUUGGAAAUUCAGGAGUAGGAAAAUCAUGUAUGUUAAUGCGUUUUUCUGAAAAUCAAUUCACAAAUAAUUUCUAUAAUACAAUCGGCGUUGAUUUUAAAAUAAAAACUAUUCAACUUAAUGGAAAAAAUAUAAAACUUUAAAUAUGGGAUACAGCCGGAUAAGAUAGAUUUAAGACAAUCACAUGCAGUUAUUAUAGAGGUGCACAUGGAAUAGCUGUAGUAUUUGAUAUAACAGAUAAGCAAUCGUUUGAAAAUGUAAAAGGGUGGAUGGUAGAAAUCGAAAAAUAUGCUCAAGAAAAUGUGUGUAGAAUUUUAGUUGGUAAUAAAACUGAUAUGAAUGAAAAUAGAUAAGUUUAAUAUUAAGAAGGGUAAGAAUUAGCAUAAAUGUAUAAUUUGAAUUAUAUAGAAGUAUCUGCGAAAAGUGGUGAGAAUGUUGAUUAAGUAUUUACUUAAAUGGCAAAACAGAUAAUGGAAAAAUAAGGUGAUAGUUUAUUAAAAAAAUAAAGUUCUAGAGAAUUUAGAAUUGAUUAAAAUAAAAAUUUGAAUUACAAUAAAAAUAAUUAAUAAAAUGAUUAAAAUUUA